AUGUCACAAGCGGUCGUAAUCCUUUCUCCUUCUUCUGAACCAAAAGCUUUAGAAGCUGUUUUCCGUCUUUUUGAUACCCCGCAACUACAAGAACUUGGUGAUGGAUGGAAGCAAAUCUCUGGAAAACUUGUGAGCUCGUUUGCAGACGCGAAAGCAGAAUGCGACUCCAUCUCUGGUCAGGAAACAUUAGAUUGUAACUGCUUGAAAUAUGAAUCAUUUUCUACCAACAAAAAGUUGGUUGUUUUUGAUAUGGACUCGACUUUAAUUCAGCAAGAGUGCAUUGACGAGAUUGCAGCCGAAGCUGGUAUUCAAAAAGAGGUCUCCACCAUUACUUCUCUUGCGAUGAAUGGUGAGAUUGAUUUUCAGGAAUCUCUUCGUCGUCGUGUAUCCCUUUUAGAGGGAUUGAGCGUCGAUGUUAUUGACAAAAUCAUUGCAAAGAUUACGUUCACUCCAGGAGCAAAGGAAUUAUGCCGCGUCUUGAAGAAGUUAGGUGCUACACUUGUUGUUGCUAGCGGCGGAUUUAUUCCCAUGGCAAACUAUGUCAAAGAGCAACUCGGCUUGGAUUAUGCUUAUGCUAAUAUGUUGGAGUAUAGUCAUGAUGGAAAGUAUUUAAAUGGCAAGGUACAAGGUGCCAUUGUAGAUGGACAGCGAAAGGCAGAAAUUUUGCGCCAAAAGAAGGCAGAACUUGGACUGGAUGUAGUUGAGACAAUGGCUGUUGGUGAUGGUGCCAAUGAUUUGAUUAUGAUGGGUGAAUCAGGCUUAGGGGUUGCAUACAAUGCUAAACCAAAAGUGCAGCUUAUGGCAUCGUCCAAAAUCAAUCAGACUUCUUUGCAAAAUGUUUUGUAUUUAUUGGGCAUAAACAAGUCUGAACAAGAGCGCUUGUUGGCAUAA